GCCACAGCAGCCGCUCUGCAGAACUCGGCCUCGCGUUCCUGGGCGCGCGGUGUGGUCCUCAACCGGCCGGUCCUCGGUCCGCGCAUCACCGGCCUCGCUCGCCGCCCCUCUCCGCUUUCCCGCUCUCUGCAGCGACAUCCCGGAGGCGCCGCGGCUUGGGCAGGUGGGAGGCGCAGGCGGCGCUCGGGGGACCACUGCCUCGAAUGGCUGUGCUCCAACCUUGGAGAGCAGAUGCCGGCUUGGAGCCUUGGUACCCAACUCCAUCUACAAGUAGCACGCCUUAAAAGCUUGGAGUCUGGAGAGCAGCCAAGGAGGUGCCCUAAGAAGAACCUGGAAGGGCAGAUUCCUCUGGAUCGCCUACUGCUCCAGGUACACGGCCCAGGCCCAGAUCCAUCUUUACCACCCUAUCCUCUUUCCACAGUUUGCUUGUGGUAGAUUCUUGAUGGACUGAUUCUGUUCUCCUGGCAAUGCCUGAGUAGGAGAAAUGGCUGUGGUCAGAUGGGAGCUGAGAAGACAGAAUUUCUACCUGUUGAAGAGGAAGAGCUCAUUGCUGUUGAAAUUCACAGUUGUUGUCUUUUCUGUGCUUCUAUUUUGUGAAUUUUUGAUCUAUUACUUAGUGAUCUUUCAGUGUCAUUGGCCUAAGGUGAAGAGGCUAGCCCAUGACCAUGGGGAACAGGAGCCUGUGCUGAAAGCCAUGUUUCUGGCUGAUACCCACUUGCUCGGGGAGAUAAGAGGCCACUGGCUGGACAGAUUACGAAGGGAAUGGCAAAUGGAAAGGGCCUUUCAGACAGCCCUGUGGUUGCUACAACCAGAAGUCGUCUUCAUUUUGGGGGAUAUCUUUGAUGAAGGGAAGUGGAGCUCUGCCAAGGCCUGGGAAGAUGAUGUGCAGCGGUUUCAGAAGAUGUUCAGACUUACCAGCACUGUUCAGCUGAAGGUGGUUGUUGGCAAUCAUGACAUCGGCUUCCACUAUCAGAUGAGCAAAUACAGAAUAAAACGAUUUGAGAAAGUGUUCAACUCUGAAAGGCUGUUUUCUUGGAAAGGCGUUAACUCACACAGGUGCCCAAGGCUUGACCUUCCGCCUGCUCCUGUCUGCCUCAGUUUUGUGAUGGUCAACAGCGUCGCGAUGGAAGGGGAUGGUUGUAGCAUCUGCUCUGAAGCAGAAGCUGAACUCCUGGAGAUUUCUCAUAAACUGAAUUGCUCUCGAAAGCAGGUGCAGGGAUCCAGCCACUGUGAAGGUGGGCAGCGUCUCCCCUCGUCGGCCCCAGUGUUGCUACAGCACUACCCGCUCUAUCGGCCCAGUGAUGCUAAUUGCUCUGGCGAAGAUGCAGCUCCCCCAGAGGAAAAGAACAUUCCAUUUAAGGAGAAAUAUGAUGUGCUUUCUCGGGAGGCUUCCCAAAAGCUUCUGUGGUGGCUUCAACCGCGCCUGGUCCUGAGCGGCCACACGCACAGCGCCUGCGAGGUGCUCCAUCCCGGAGGAGCCCCCGAGGUGAGCAUCCCAUCUUUCAGUUGGAGGAACAGAAACAACCCCAGCUUCAUCAUGGGCAGCCUGACGUCCACAGAUUAUGCCCUCUCCAAGUGCUACCUCCCGUUUGAGUGCACAGUGCUGACCACCUACUGUGCAGCCGCUGGCUUCCUUGUGAUCCUUAUCUUAGCUCACUUUGAGUUUUCAGCCUCAUCUUUUCUGUUUGGUUGGAAACAGAGGAGAAUGCACAUGACAAGAUGAAAAGCAGGUGCUUGUUGCAUAUGGUAAUAUAUAUCAGAGCCAAAGACAGAACUUGAAGCAACGUUCCUGUUAGUCAAGACAGAGAACAAAUCUUGGCUGUCCUUGCACACAUCAGAAUCUUUUGAUGCCAGUGACUGCAGAAUAAAUAGUUGACUGUCCUGUCUCAUGCUCUAAAAGGGAACAUGUACUCUACAGCAAAUUUGUGUUUUCAUUUUAUCAAAUAUAUGUAUAAUCAAAGGUUGCACCUGUACAGUAUGUAAAUGUUAUGGACACUGUCACUCGCAUGCACAACACACAGCCCUUGCUUCCCCAGGAAGGACCCAGCCGCUCUGGUACACGCUGUGCAAUGUGUGCACAUCAAAAUGGGUUGGUCUGUCUCUCAUCAAGGUGGAUUUCAAAUUCCUAUAUAGUGUGGAGUUGUGCAUGUAAAAGUAUAGAUUCAGUGUGCCAGGAACAUGUGUUUUAAAAGGCUUUCUGUGCUAAUGAAAUCAGACAUUUAGAUAAAUGUAAUUUUCUCUCCAGGAAACUAUGUUGUCACAUUGAAUUUAAUGCCU